AUGCGUCGCGCCAGCCGAGACUACACCAAGUACUUGCGCGGCUCCGAGGAGCUGGGCAGCGGCGCCGCCCACGAGAGCGCCCCGGCACCGCCGCCGCCCCCGCCGCCCGCGCACCCGCCGCCCGCAUCCCGCUCCCUCCUGGUCGCCCUCGUCCUCCUGGGGCUGGGGCAGGUGGUCUGCAGCGUCGCCCUCUUCCUCUACUUCCGAGCUCAGAUGGACCCUACACGAAUUUCAAAAGAACAUGCACACUGUGUCAGAACACUUUUUGGACACCAAGAAAAUAGAGAUUUGCAUGAUGCCUCCUUUGAAAGUCAAGAAGCGAACUUAAUGCCAGAAUCCUGUAGAAGUGUGAAACAGGCUCUCCAAAGGGCUGUGCAGAGGGAAGUCCAGCGUGCUAUGGGAAGAACGCCACCAAGACCAGAAAAAGCUGCAAUGGAGGCAUUAGGACUUGAACUGUACAAGAGGAACAAACCUGAGAAGCAGCCAUUUGCCCAUCUCAUUAUUGAUGAUAAGAAUAUUCCGUCGGGAACUCGCAAAGUGAACCUCACAUCCUGGCAUCAUGACAAAGGCCAGGCAAACUUAUCAAAUAUGACAUUCAGUGAUGGAAAACUAAUUGUUAAUCAAGAUGGAUUCUACUACCUUUAUGCCAAUAUUUGUUUUAGACAUCAUGAAACUUCAGGAAACUUGACUAAAAGAGGUCUUCAGCUGAUGGUGUAUGUGAUUAAGACAAACCUUAAAAUAAGGCGCUUUGAUGUGUUGAUGAAGGGAGGAAGCACCAAAUACUGGUCAGGGAAUUCAGAAUUUCAUUUUUAUUCUGUAAAUGUAGGGGGUUUUUUUAAAUUAAAAUCUGGUGAAAUGAUAAGUAUCCAGGUAUCAAACCCAUUGCUACUGGAUUCUUCACAAGAAGCAACUUAUUUUGGAGCAUUUAAAGUUAGAGAUUUAGACUGAAUCUUUCUUUAGCGUGCUAAAAAUUAGUUGUCCAGAAACAACUUGAAGAACUGAAAAUCUUCUGCUAUCCAGUUACAUCUGUAUAAGCCAUAUAUCUCUAAAGACACGUUUUUGUCCCAUGCGGGCUCCAGCAGGAGUCCUGCAAAUACAUGGAAGGCCAAAAUUCCACAGUUCUCUUGAUUCAGCCUUAAAGCAGUUUUACUUCAUUUGUCUCCACUGGCCUCACUGUGCUUUUUGCAUUUGGUGUAGUUGAAAUCAAAACAAUUAAUAUUACUGAGCUUCUGUUUCCAAGGUCUGCCCUGACUACCCUUACUAGUUUUGGUGCAAACAUAGGGCAGAACAGAACCUGGCUCCCAACUUGCAUUUAGGGCUCCAUUUUGCUUGGAGUUGAGUGUUCUGACCCUGAGACAGCAAAGAUCAUGAAAGUGUGACUAAUCCCAUUGCAUUUGAUGUGGCUUUUCAGAUGCUGAGUUAGGUCUGAUUUUGCUUUGCUGGAUUAGGGUUGGAGAGCUCAGACCAUGGCAGAAAUGGGUUGGAGAACACCUAAACAGUCCAACUUAACUGUUACCUGAUUAAUAGGGCCAUUCCAGGAAAAAGGGAGAUCAUCUGGCCUUGCAGUUCUAAAAAGUUAAUUACAGGUCAUGUUAUUAUUGUUGCACAGUUAAUUGCAAAUAUAGAUUGCCAAAAUACGGCGUGCCUUUAAAGUAUUACUUUGUGCCAGAACCUGCAAAUACAUUUUUUUAAACAAAAAGUAUGUAUUUUUAUAUUCUGUAAUAUCUAAAGUUAUAUUUCAGGUGUAAUGUUUUGUGUAAAAAAAAAUGUAAAUUAUAUUGUCCUAUAGUA